UUUCUAGGUAGGUUGAGCGGCCGGUCAAAGUGACCGAGACGACGCCAACAACCUAAGCAAGCUCGAGGCCUGCCCCUUCUGGAAAUUCGCGGGAUCCGCCAUGGCUGUCCUGUCAGUUUCUUCUUCAACCUGGAGCUCCAUCCCCACACUCACCUUCCGACCCGGACGCCAUGGAAGGAAGAUUAAUUUCUCUGUUGUGCAGUUUCCUCACGCACACAUCUUUAUGGAGCACUGCUCCAUGGAGCUCGUCAAGGAUCCGCCAUGGGCGUCAGCUUCUUCUUCAACCUGUAGCUCCAUCCCCAUGGUCACUGUCCACGCGGCUGCUCCGACCCCGACGCCAUGGAAGGUUCUUAUUUUAUUGUACAAGUUUGAGUUGGUGGAUGAGACACUCUUUCUUACCGUGACCAUGGUAGGCAUAUUUUGGGAAAAACAAGUGAUGCCAAGCAAGAAGUUGCAGUUAGUUGUAGUGACGGCUAUGCUUUUUGCAUGCAAAUAUCUGGAAGUCUCAGUUCCACUUGUUGAAGAUUCAGUGCUUAGUUAUGACCAUGCUUAUACGGAAGGACAAACUCUGGAAAUGGCUGAGACCGAGUACGAGGAUAAUGUGGAGGAUGCCCCCCUCAUGGAUAUCGACAGCGCCUACUCAGGGAAUCUCCUGGCCGCAACUGAGCACGUCAAAGAGAUUUACAAGUUCUACAGAGAAAAUGAGAAGUUUGAGUUGAUGGAUGAGACACUCUUUCUUACCUUGAACAUAAUACACAAAUUCGUGGGAAAACAAGUGGUGCCAAGCAAGAAGCUGCAGUUAGUUGUAGUGACCGCUAUGCUCCUUGCUUGCAAAUAUGAGGAAGUCUCAGAUACACUUGUUGAAGUUCUAGUGCUAAUUUAUGACCAUGCUUGCAUGAAAAGAAAACUUCUGGAAAUGGUAGAGCGGACGGCCAGCGACCAGGACGACGCUCACAACCCAAGUAAGCUCGAGGUCUGCCCGUAUCUCCACAUUCGUGGGAUCCGCCAUUGGUGUCAGCUUCUUCUUGAACCUGGAGCUCCAUCCAGACAGUCACCUCGGCUGCUCCAACCCCUACGCCAUGGAAGGUGUUUUCACCGAGUUGACUCGAGAGAUGCAAGUAAAAGGUGUACAGGUAGAGCGGCCGGCCAAUGACCAAGACGACGCCAAUAACGGAAGUAAGCUCGAGGCCUGCCCCUUCUGCACAUUCGUGGGACCCACCAUGGGUGUCAGCUUCUUCCUCAACCUAGAGCUCCAUCCCCACAGUCAUGGUCCGCGCGGCUACUCUGACCCCGAUGCCAUGGAAGGUCCCCUCCCAUCUCUCGCCCAUCUCCUUUCUCUGUUCGGUUCCCCAAAGGGCCAUCAUUUGUGGUACCAAGUUACAUCAGGAGAAGGAAUCACGUCCUGCAUUUCCUAGUCAGUCUUCCUGUACAGUGGCAACACAUUUUUUGUUGUUUGCAAGAUGCAUGCUCCUGUGCCACUCCAUGUAUAAUGUCACCAAAACGCCUAACAACAAUAAGUCCAAUCGGGAAUUGUGGGUGACUCACAUGGUUUGGGAGAGACCAGUGGUUAAAUGCCAGUUUUGGAGCUCUCGGUGUAAACAUGCUGAUUCGUGAAAUUCCAGAGGGUUAAUUAUGUUGACUUAUUCCUAAGGGACUUUUUAAUUCAAUGUAUUUCAUGAGAGUUUUGGAGGAUUUAAAUCCUUAGAAAAUUUCACUAUGGCGAUUGCUUGAUUCUUAUAGGAUUUUUUUCUAAGGAUACUUUUGUACUACGUUUCACAGGAACAUUUGCAUCCGUCAAACUUGGUAAAAAUCAUUUGCUUUCCCUGGGAAGCAAUCGACCAAACCAAAUCAUGUAGAAUUUGGAUGAGUUAUUUCUAUUCAUAUUUUUUGAGAAUCCUAAGAAUCAAGAUCCCCUAAGAAAAAUGAUCGACAUCAUUGUUCCUAAUUAUAAGACAUUUUGCCAGUUUAAUUUAAACUGCCAAAAUAUCUUAGAUUUAGGACCAAAGGUACCCCCCUGUCCCAAAAUGUAAGAUCAUUUUUAACACUACGAUAGUGUCAAAAAUGAUCUUAUAUUUUGGGAUGGAGGGAGUAGUACAUUGCAAGCCUUCUGUCUGACAUUUUUCUUUCAGAUGCAAACCAGAUAUAUCGGUCAAACCUCUCAACAAGAGAGCAAAACAAAUACCAAGCAUUUCUUAUUUAUAGUUACUAUUUCAGACAUCUUCUCGGUUUUUAAUACUACAGUUGAAUAGGCAUAUAGAUUGAGAUAAAUAGCGACAACAGUGAAAACAGAGGCGGUUGGGUAGCAAAGUGCUCGUUAGCAGCAACCAAGAGAUGGACUGACUAAGCUUGAAUCCAAAUUCAGUGUGACUUCAUCAUCUCCAGGGCACUGAAUACUUGUUUUAGGGUACAUGUGAACUCCCACUGAUCACUUUGGUAGUAGAAAAAAUAACUGACUAUGCAAGCUAAGCUGGCUAGUUUUGCCCAAAACAACCUAUUGCGCGAGAUUCACGUGCUUGUCUUCCAGUGUCACGGGAUGCUAAAAUGGAUAUCCUUCUCUACAUCUUACUGGAAUAUUGCCCUUUAAUUUAUGCAAAUAGUUGACGAGUAGCAUUUCUUAUUUACCUGUUUCAGAAAAUUCAGUUCAGGAGACAUGUGCUCAGGUGGAAAAUGGUAGUUCAGGCAACCUGCAUAGCUGAUAAGAACUCCAUUAAUUCUGUAUGCAUUGCCAUGAUGGUUGUUAUCCAUCUCCAUGUGUUGUUUUCUCUCUAGUUAGCACCGUCCUUGUGUUUUCAGAAAAAAAACAAGGAAAAGAAAUUGCUUUCUACUCCCUCCGUUCCUAAAUAUUUGUCUUUCUAGAGAUUUCAAAAAGUGACUACAUACGGGGCAAAAUGAGUGAAUCUACACUCCAAAAAAUGUCUAUAUACAUCCGUAUGUGGUAGUCCAUUUGAAAGCUUUAAAAAGACAAAUAUUUAGGAACGAAGGGAGUAGUACACACCACAGUUAGUUGGUUUGUCACCACCAUACCUCUCAUUUCACUAGUUCUGUAAUAUAGUAAGAUCAUGCGUUUUAUUUCUUGAUGAGCAUCAAUUUUAAUUUUUAUGAAUCGUCCACAACAUUUAUGUUUCUGUCUCCUAACUAAGAUUC